UAAACAUAUCAUCAGGUGACAUAUAUAUCUCAUUUUUUCUUCACGUUGAAAAAAAAAAAAAACAAACAAACCGAAAAAAAAAACCUAAUUGGUUUCGGAGUUGAACUACAUAGUCUUCUCCAACUUGGAAGAGUUUGCUUCAACGACAACAAUAAUGGAGGCCGAAAACCAGACUCCUUUGCCUACUUUCGAGGAUUCUGGUAGUAGUUCAUUCAAUCCUAUUUCUACCACCCUUUCCCCUAAUCAUCUCACUGCUCGUGAUGAUGAUGUCAGUUCUGAUCAAGAAGGAGUAGAAGCUCCAAUUUCUGCUUCUCUUCCACCAACUCCUAGCCCUAACAACAACAAUGGAAGCCCUUGUAAUGAAGAAGAGGAUGCCCUUGUUGCUAGCGAGGAUUUCAUGGAAGACGAGGAUAUCAGUCCUAGUGAAAAAGAGUUCUUCGACUCGUUGCCUCCAGGAUACCGGUUUCAUCCCACUGAUUCUGAUUUGAUCGUUCAUUACUUGCAGAAGAAAAUCAACAAGGAAAGAUUGCCUCGUCAUCAAAUUCGUCACAUCAAUCUCUAUCGUAACAGCCCUGAAGUGAUUUCGGCUAUGUAUCCACCGGCCGGUGAUAAGGAAUGGUUCUUUUUUACCCCGAGGAAGCGAAAGUACCCAAAUGGUCAUCGUCCCAACCGCGCUGCCGGCCCUGGUUACUGGAAAGCCACUGGAGCAGAUAAGCCAGUGACUUAUAGAGGGACACAAGUUGGUUUUAGGAAGGCAUUGGUUUACUAUGCAGGCAAACCUCCAAAGGGUACAAAAACCAAUUGGAUCAUGCAUGAAUUUAGGGUUAGUGGUGACAAAAAACCUAUCAACGGAUCUUUGAAGUUGGAUGAUUUUGUUCUCUGCAGGAUUUACAAGAAAGUUGAUAAAUCCCCACAAAAGCAAGGCAGCGAAGAGGAUGAUGUUCAAGUGGAUCAAAAUGUCAAUGGAAAUGGUAACGGGAAUGGAGACUUUAUACGAACUCCUGAAGAAGGAGGGACUCAAUUGUUUGAUCAACUAAACAAUGGUAAUGAUUAUCAUUUUUCAUUUGAAGAUGUGAAGCACAUAGAGGCAUCAAUUGGAUUUCCACAAUCCAAUUUCAACAACAAUGGCUUUCGCGAUAAUAAUAUGUAUCGCGACAUCUCACUAAUGAAUGUGCCUCAAUCUCAAUCUUUGUAUGGUAAUAGCCAGUUACCACCUACUUAUGCAGCCAGGCCACUGUCGUACAUAUCAUCUAUGUUUCCAGUGGAUAAUAUGUCACUGUCCAGGUAUUUGAGUGAAACUUCCAUGGAGGUCAAACCACGAUUGAUGCAUGACAACCAAUGGAAUAUUUGUUCAGAGCUAUCUUCAGAGCUAUCAACAGUUCAAAAUCUGGCUGAAUUAGAUCCUCUCAUAAAUAAUUAUCAACACCAACUGUUUGAAACGUCAAUGGCUGCUCCAAACAAUGUUGGCAACAAUGCUUAUAUUUCUGAGAUUCAAAAGGAAGAAAAAUGAUGUUUAUUAUGCAUGGGAGAUAAAAAAAACUUUAUGUUGACUUUAUCUUAUCGAAUAGGGGGCGGGGAAUUGGUUUUGCAUUCUAGGAAUAAGGUAGAUCUAUAGAUUGCAUUCUACAUAAUUAGGGUAGGUUUCUUUCUAGGGUAGGUUUCUACCAUCGAAGUAAGGAUUGAUUGGAUUCGAAGUAGGAUUGAUUGGAUUUAUGGAAC